GUGAUAAUGGAACGCACAAACACAAAAAUAAGAAAAAAUAAUGGAUGUGAAUGAGAUCUCAAAGAACCUUGAGAGAGAUGAACAAGAAACCUUAUGGUUGAUCUCGUCUCUUCCUUCAGACAUAGACUUCAAUGGAACCAAGUUGCUCAAGUACCAAUCAUGUUGGUACGACGGCAAAACUCUCCAAGGAAUCCUCAACUUCCAAAGAGGCUUCAAACCACAAGAAACCGAUAUCAUCGUCGCUUCGUUCCCUAAGUCCGGCACUACUUGGCUCAAAGCUCUCAAAGCUCUCACAGUGGCUCUCCUAGAGAGAUCAAAACACUCUUCUAACCAUCCUCUUCUAUCUGAUAACCCUCAUGGCUUAGUACCAGUCCUCGAGCUCAGGCUCUACACCGAAACCUCGAAACCAGAUCUGACCAGUUUCUCAUCAACCCCGAGAUUAUUCUCCACUCACGUACCGUUCCACUAUCUGAUCCACACGCUUCAAGAGGCUCUCAAGACCACUCCUUGUAAGGUCGUCUACGUUUGGAGGAACUUGAAGGACGCGUUGGUGUCGCUUUGGUAUUUCGAGUGUGCUAAUCUUAAGAUCAAGAUAGAUGAAGAAAGAAGCUUGUUGGAGUCAAUGUUCGAGUCGUUUUGUCGAGGAGUUAGCUACUAUGGACCGUUUUGGGAACAUGUUUUGAGUUAUUGGAGGGGAAGCUUGGAAGACUCCAAGAAUGUGCUUUUCUUGAGGUACGAGGAGUUGAAGAUAGAGCCGAGUGCUCAGGUUAAGAAGCUUGCCGAGUUCUUGGGUGUUCCUUUUUCAGUGGAGGAAGAAGAGAGUGGGUGUGUGGAAGAGAUCUUAGAGCUUUGCUCCUUGGAUAACCUGAAGAACUUGGAGGUCAAUAAGAUUGGAAAAACGGCUAGAGGCGUGGAACACAAGAAUUUUUUCCAUAAAGGGGAAGUUGGUGACUCGAAGAAUUAUCUGACUCCUGAAAUGGAGAGGAGGAUUGAUAUGAUCAUAGAAGAGAGAUUUCGAGGUGCGGAUUUGAAAUUCUGAAGUAAACUAUAUGUGUGGUUUUAGAUUACUUUGAUGAAAGUACUUCCGUGGUUAUACUCUUUUGGUUUAUGAUUCAUGGUGUGGUGACCAUCAUGAGUUUCAUAAUAUUUACUUUAAGUCAUUCUUAAGAUUAGAGUAUAUAUAUCUAGAUAAAAACAUCAAUUAAUAAAGAUGGUGUCGUUCCUUGGAGAAUCGACAAAUAACGAUUCAUGGUUUAAACUUAGAUGCUUCAUGUCUCGCAAAAAGUAAGGGUAAAUCUCCGGACGUGAGAAUAAUGAGCUUCUCUUUCAGACCCGUAAAACAAAUCUUUAUCAUCAAGAGUCAAUAAUGUUGACGCAACACCGCUUUUCCCUACACGUCCUGUUCGUCCAAUCCGAUGCGCGCGUAUACGUCUCCAUAUUGUUUGGCAUAUCGUAGUUGGCAGCCUAGGGGAUAUAACAUUUUGUUGCCACGAGAACGUUGAAUCUCUUGCU